UAAAACCCCACUGGAAAAAAACCCACCCAGACAUAACCCCACUGGAAAAAACCCCACUCUGACAUAACCCCAUCAAUAAAUGAGAAAAAUGGACAAAACCCCACUGUGACCAUUUUACACAUAAAACUGAAAAAUAUGAAAUAAAGUUGAAAUUUCUGUUUUGGAAGAAUAAAAUUAUAAAUAAAAUUCACAAAAUAGAUUAUGAUAAAGAAUAAAGUUUACAUUUGUAUUUUGAUCAGUCAAGUGUUGCACUGAUUGCAUUGAUCUCCAUGACAAAGGAUUAUCUGAACUUUGUGAUCAAGAGAUUAAGGAGGCCAGGUUUUCUUCUAAGAGAUCAAGGAAAUCAUGGAUUUAGGGCUUCCCAUUGUUGAUUGGGUAUGUCAUAAAUUCUACAUCAGAUGGACCCCUUAUAAGGUUGAAGAAUACUACGUCAGUAUUCAUUUCCUGAGAACUGUAAAUACAACUAUGGAAGUUAUCAAGAACAACAAGGGUGGUCUCAAGCUAAUUCACGAAGGCUACUUGUAUACUAAGAGGUAUGCCAGGAAGAAUAUUCGAUGGGAGUGUUCCAGCAGAGCUGCAUUUACUUGUAAAGGCGGUGUGACUUCAGACCUGGAGAUAAAGACCAUCGUUAGUUUCACACAACAUAGCCAUGAUCCACAGGAUCAGUCUGUAGCAGUGGCAAAGCUGCGUUCAGCCAUGAAGGAGCGUGCUGGCACAUCACGUGGUACACUUACUCAGCUCCUAGUCGAUUCCAUCAGUGACACACCUGUAGAUGUACGCGCAGAACUCGGUAAACCUGAUCACAUCAAACGUGCACUGCGUCGAGAACGGGCUAAACAUAUGCCCAAGAACCCCACUUCGCUCCGUGAUCUCAUGCUAGAUGAUGAAUGGACCACUUCAAGUGAUGGAGACAGAUUUCUCAUAUAUGACAACGGUGUGGAUUCCUCUGAUCGUAUGUUAGUGUUCGGGACUGAUGACGGAUUACGUCACCUUGCCAGUUCUGAGUCAUGGUUUAUGGAUGGAACAUUCACUGUUGCUCCACUGUUGUUUACUCAGCUGUAUGUGAUUCGUGUUCCACUCGGUGAGUCAGCUGUGACGUGUGUAUGCAUUUCUACCAAACAAGCACCAAUCCACAUAUGA